AUGGCAAAAAUCGGCCAGGGCGACGAACGUUGGAUCGUUGCCGACCGCGAGGACGGCACCAACGUUAACAGCUGGCACUGGCAAGAGAAGGACGCUUUCGAGUGGUCCAGAGAGCGCUUCGCAGAUCUCAUCGGCGCGAUCGAGUUCGAGGACGGCGGCGUCCGAUGCAGGUGCACUGGCGUCACCGCGCUGACGGGCGAGGCUUACGUCAACAGGCGCAAGGGGAAGAUCAUCUGCGGCUACGAGCUCGACCUCAAGAUCGGGUACGAGGGCACCAUCUUGGACGGCGGUAAGACCGUCACGGGCAACGUGCACUUCCCCUACAUCGCCGACGAGAACGCGGGGGAGGAGCACGAGGCGAAGGUGCUCGCCGCCGGGGAGGGACCGGACGACAGGAAGGUCAAGGAGAUCAUGAGGCUCGUCGCCCUACCCAAGAUGGCGGAGGGCGUCGCCAAGUUCGAGAAGGAGCUCGCGAAAGGAGGGCCGGGCGGCGAGGGCGCGGACCCCAACGAGGCGAAAAACGCAUCGGGGGACAAGAAGCCCGGAGACGUCCAGAGCAACGCCGAGAAGGAGAGGGAAUCGAGGACCGACAAGACCGCGCCGCUCUCGCAGAAGUCGCACACCAUCCGCAUCACCGAGCGCUUCUACUGCAGGCCGCGGGAUGUCUGCGACGCGCUCAUGGACGGACAGCGAGUCAUGCACUUCUCGCGGUCCCCCGCGCAGGUUCGCCCCGAACCCGGACCUUUCAUGAUGUUCGACGGUAACAUCCACGGCGAGACCUUGGAGUACGUCCCGGGCGAGAAGAUCGUGCAGAACUGGAGGUUUCGCAACUGGAAGGAGGGUCACUUCAGCAAGGUCACCAUCACCUUCCGCGAGCCCGAGCCCGGGAACUGCUUCGUGGACCUGGUGCAAACAAACGUGCCAGAGACGGAUGCGUUUGAUAACGAGACGGUGAUGGACACCACGGAGGUUGGGUGGAAGCAGCAGAUCUUCGAGCGCAUUCGCCAGGUGUUCGGGUACGGCGCCUAG